AUGGCAUACCUCUGGGUAUCGGUUCAAGAACAAAUUAAAACAUUAGAAAAACAGUAUGCACUUAGCGGCUGCAAGGCGAGACGAAGCAUUGAUUAUUUCGCAAAUCGCAUUAGACAUAUACACAGUCACGAGGCCAUUUGGGGCCAUUGUCCUGUGAUUACAAGCCUUCAUAUUGUGACCUAA